CACACACACACACGUGCGCGCGUGCGCAUACACACACACAGAAACACAUUUCUUGUGGACAAUACAUUUCGAUUAAAAAAUCCAUUGCAUACAAAUUUACAGGCAUCACGACGAAAUACACAAUCCACAAAAUAUGUGUCUUACAAAUUUCAUAUCAGUAAUGAUUAUAAUUAUAUUGUUACAGGAGCCUAUUUUUGCAUCGCCAAUCACACCAUGCACCAUAAAAACGACAAAUAAUAGGACAAAGAUUUUUGAUGAAUGGAUGGAAGCAAAAGGACGAAUUUCUCAAAAAGCGAAUAACACUUUCCAAACUUAUACUAAUGAGAUACAUAAAUUAUCGCCAAUAUUUGUAACUAUUGAAGAGACUGUGAAUCGAGAUUUACAAAUAAAUUUGUCGCGCACAUUAUGGGAUGCAGAAAUGGUACAGGAUAGCGGACAUCUAUCUAUUUUUGUAGAUAAAGCUAUGAAAUUAUUAGAUCUGCGACAAGUCAUGCAAGAAAUUGAAACCUCUGUAAUGUCAAAAGUGUCUUGUACAGCAUGUAAAAUUGGCGCUGGUUUAUUGCAGCAUUUCAUUAAAGUAGGAAAAAGCGAAGAAGAAAUAAUGAAUAGUAUUUUUCAAUUUUGUACAUCAUUGAAAAUACAGACCGCUAGAGUAUGCCAAGGAAUAACUUUGCUUAUGGGGGAAGAAGUGAUAUAUGUACUCAAGCGAGUAGAAAUUAGUCCAGCACAAAUUUGCAGUUUCAUAAUAGGAGAUGCCUGUGAGGAUAUAUAUAAUCCGUUGCACGAUUGGGAAGUUGCAUUUCCACCAGUAAAUAAACCUAUAAUGAAAUCUUCUAUGACACCUAUUGAUGGGAGGCCUACAUUCAAAGUUUUGCACAUAUCUGAUACUCACUAUGAUCCGUACUAUGAAGAAGGAUCGAACGCAGAAUGUAAUGAGCCGCUUUGUUGUCGGUUAACAACUGGUACACCUUCUUCUAGAUCUGCAGCUGCUGGUAAAUGGGGUGACUAUAGAAAAUGUGAUACGCCGAAACGUACAGUCGAUAACAUGUUGAAACAUAUUUCUGAAGUUCAUCAAGAUAUUGACUAUAUAAUUUGGACUGGCGAUCUUCCACCCCAUGAUGUAUGGAAUCAAACAAGAGAAGAAAACAUAAAAAUUCUAAUUGAAUCUAUUCAACAGAUGUUACAAAUAUUUCCAGGUAUCCCAAUUUUUCCAUCGCUUGGAAAUCACGAAAGUGCACCAGUAAAUAGCUAUCCACCAUCAUUUGCACCACCAGAAAAUAAUAUAUCAUGGCUAUAUGAUGAAUUAGAUAAACAAUGGCGACUAUGGUUACCUGCUGGUACUUCAAGCACGGUUAAAAAAGGAGCUUUCUACUCUGUUUUAGUACGUCCAGGGUUUCGGAUAAUUUCAAUUAAUACUAAUUAUUGUAAUAACAAGAACUGGUGGCUUUUAAUGAAUAGUACGGAUCCAGUUAGCGAAUUACAGUGGUUAAUCUAUGAACUUCAAGGCGCUGAAAUAAAUAAAGAAAAAGUGCAUAUUAUUGGUCAUAUACCACCUGGUCACUCAGAUUGUUUAAAAGUUUGGUCAAGAAAUUACUAUCACAUAGUUAAUAGAUAUGAAUCUACAAUAAUGGCUCAGUUCUUUGGUCAUACGCAUUAUGAUGAAUUUGAGCUGUUCUACGAUACUAGCGAUAUGAGUCGAGCUUUAAGCGUAGCAUAUAUUGGACCUUCAGUUUCACCUUAUUACAAUUUGAAUCCCGGAUAUAGGAUAUAUUAUAUUGACGGCGAUCAUGCAAAUACGACAAGGUUGGUUAUAGAUCAUGAAACAUGGAUAAUGAAUCUCAAGGAAGCCAACCUAUAUGAUUAUCCUAAUUGGUACAAGUCAUACAGUGCACGACAAACAUUUCAGAUGCCUUCAUUGUUACCAAAGGAUUGGAACUCUCUCAUAGAUAAAAUGACAAACGAAGCCAAUGUUUUUGACAUCUACUACAAGCAUUAUUAUAAAAGUUCGCCAAUAAGACCACCUUGUAAUAACGAAUGCCGUAAAAGAUUAUUAUGUGAUUUACGGAGUGGCAGGAGUCACGACCGUAAAAUGUUAUGUGAAGUUAUAGAAAGUAGAAUUGAUGGUAAUUCUAAAGGUGGAUGGAAAUCAUGGAUUUAUAAUGGACUUGCACUAUCUUUAUUAAAAACAUUCCAUGUAACUGAAAUAGCGGAAAAUAUACCAAAAUUGAACGACGCAGAGAAACAGCUACACGAUUAUAUCGAGGAUGUAUUGAAAAAAAGUAUUAAAGAUGAUGAUUUUGAUAUCAAUCCAGAAGUGAUUGACGAUGGUUUUAAGGGAAAAUAUGCUGAAGAUUAUGCUGAGGUGCCUGAUUGUAUUAUAAGUAAUACAACAGUCAAUGAUGGAUACAAAAGAAAAGCUGUUGAAUAA